AUGCGCUUUUCACGCAUCUCCAUGACCUUUACUCUUUUGAGCACAGUGGCAAUGGCAGUUCCCAAUCCCAAGCAAGCGUAUAAGCAACACACAGAUGAUGUUCGAGAUGCCGAUAGAAGAGCUUUGCCACAGGCUUAUGGUCAACACAUUGACGAGAAGAGGGAAGCAGCUCAGCCUUAUGGUCAACACACAGAUGAUAGAUCUGAAAAAAGGGGAUGGCUACAAGCUUAUGGGCGACAUGCCGAUGAGCCGACUGAACCGCUCGCUGCGAGGGAACUGCCACGAGCCCAGUAUGUAACUUAUUCUUUUCUUCCAUCUGGGGCUUCCAUACUGAUCACUCGGAACAAAUUUAAUCUUAUCUCAUUACAUCCGAUUCAUGAUCUAAUAAGAGAAAUUAUGCUAAAUUUUUCACAGGAGACAACACAUCGAUGAAAAGAGAUCUCCAGCGCAGGCUUAUGAAAGAAAGACGGAUGAUAGAGAUCCUCCCUCAGAGAAUGACUUACCACAGGCUUAGUAUGAGACUUUUUUCUGCAGCGGGAACUAUCCAUCACAAUUGUGAAGGCCAACUUCCGUCGCUUGCGACUCUCAACGACUGAAUUAAUGGGAAAGCAUAUACUAAUAGCCAGUAGUGGUCAGCAUAUCGACGAAAAAGUCAAAAGGGCACAAGCUUAUGGGCAACACACUGAUGACAAAAAACCUCCCGCCAUUUCUGAGAGACUCCAAGCCUAUGGGCAGUUCACGGAUGACGCCAAACCUCCUAUCAAGACUUCUCCACCAGUAACUUCAAGGGCACAAGCCUAUGGGCAGCAUACCGACGACGUUGAGAUUUCUCCUCCAACAAUAAAUGAGAGAUCCCAAGCAUAUGGCCAAUUCACAGAUGACAAGAAGCCACCCACUCAGUAAGUAAGGACUUCAAGACGAUCUAGCUACUACACUCCGUAUGGUAAGUGCCAAUGCAAUUGUUAUGUCAUAAGCAGUCCUAUCUUGAAAUAUCUUGUGAAUGGGAAUACUAAUGCUUUGGAAAAUAGAGCUUACAGUCAGAAAAUUGACGACUGCGUGGGUUAUGGUCAGACUUAUGGUCAGCAUGUCGAUGAUUGUUUCCUUCGCAGUUGA